GCUCGAGGACAUUCGUGCUGGAACGGAGCCUUUGUAAAGCCACAGCCACCAGAAGGGGGAGCAUUGGAGUUAUUGAAGGUCAUGACCAAUGCGCACUUCCAUCCCAAAGGUGCUGCAUCUUUCUUCGUCGCGGUUACCACGAGCCUGGCCCAAGUCUUGAAAUAUACGUUCGAAAAGAACAUGCAGGAUGCCCGCCUGGCAAUAAUCAACCUUGACCAUCCUAGUUUGAAAGAAGAACACAAGGUUUACAAAGCGUCAGAAUGGCUUUCGCGUCUAAAACGACAGGAACAGGCCAAGUGGCGCUACAAGGGGCUUACAGAACUUAUCUCUUGGGCCAGUAUCCCCAACGAGGCAAUCUUGCACAUAGUCAAUGUGUCCGAGCUCCUGGCCUUCGGACAAGAAGAACGAAAUAGCAAGCUCCUCUCAUUCGAUACAUUCAUCCCUAAAGAUAAGGGUGUCAAGAAGUCCACUCGAGUCAUAGCACGAGAACUUAAGGACCGCAACACUAAGCUUACUGUUCAAGUGGCUACUACUAUGGGGAGUUUCGCAAAGCUCUUGGGUUUGAAUUCUCACUGUGCCAGCCAUAAGCAUAUUUCGGACUUCUGUUCCGUCUUAGUUGACGGCUGGUCUAUCUCGACUCCAGGAAACAUACAUACCAGGAGCUCGAUCACGCAGUCAUUCGCCAUAGCCCUGGGCUCCAAGACCUUAGCACUCCAGGACGUCAGGGAUGCUUUCAUCACAGGCCUUGACAGGGGCGAAUGGAAUCUGGCAUACUAUGCAAGUCGCCGACGGCGCACAAGAUGAGGUACUGGCUGGACUUGCUCUAAUGCUGUAGACUCGCAUCAAUCAAGAUUCUGGGGUUUGGAAGAGGGUGCGGCAUCAACGCAUCGCCUCUACCACGACAGCGAAGGUCAAACUAAUGGUUCCCGUUCCCUCAUCAAGACUAAGACAAAUCCACUAUACUGCGUGCUUCACUUCUUGUACGAUACCACCUCCUUCCUGAAGUUAAUACGACAAGCGCGUCUUGUCUUCGCUCCACAGAACAAGGAUGUUAACGAGAAUGCUUUUCUUAUAUGUGUGGAUGUCAGCAUCUUACCAAAAGACAAACACGGUAUGGCUUAAAAACAUGGGCUGGUUGUGAGAAGGCACUGAGGGUAUGAGGUGCAUUGUUGUGUCGUGAGGUCUGCAAAGUUAUAGAAUUGCACCCAGGAAUAGCAAUGAAGAAAUACGCUCUCAAUC